AUGUCGUUAGGUCCUCAAGGUCGAGCAUUGAUGAGUAUUGGGACGUACCAUAACCAGGUGCCUCAAGAUUUGGAUCUUUUGAUUCAUGAUUUGAGAUUCCCACUGCCAGAUACAACGAUUAAUAAGGUUUUAGGGUAUUUAUAUCAUUAUGUUCCAUACGUGAAGUAUGAGCAUAAUUUGAAACUUGUUAUUGCGAGUUUCUUAAAUAAUCCGCUUUGUUUUGGUAAUCCUGUUCCAUCAUUUGAACAGAAUUAUUUAAUAAUUGAAGUUUUCAAACUCAUUACUGAUAAGAAAUUGAAAAUAUCCAAACCCACCUUAUCUAUUAAAGCUUGGUAUGAUAUAAUAUUGACAGAGGUUGUGAAUUUUGCUUCUUAUAAGCCCAUUGAAAAUAGUUGGAAAGUGUUACCUAUUUUAUCUGGGUUGAUAUUAUCAAAUGAGUUGAGAGAUCAGUUGUAUACUGUGCAUAAUCCAAUUGAGUAUAAAUUCUACUUCAAAGACUGGGACAGUAAAGCCAAUCGUUUGUUCAAGAAAUGUUUGGGAUAUAACCUUUCCCAGUACCAAAAUAACGAUAUUACUUAUUUGAGUUUAAUUGGUUUGGCGGUAGUUUAUAAAAAAAAUGAAAAUGUUUUUGAUUAUACUGGCAAUAUCUCAAGUCAUUUCAUUGUUAGAAAACUAAUCCAAUUAGUAUUUGAUGACGUUACAAGUUCUGCAACUCAUAAUUUGUUCUUCAGUCUAAAUUCCAACGACCCUGACUUGGAUAACUUGAUCCUGGAACAAAUCAUCCAAAAACCAGUGGUUAAACAUUUGAAUAAGUUUUCUUUUCUACUUGAAAGCUAUCUAAAGAAAUUACCCAUAAACGAGCAAUCAUUUCAAUUGGUAGAGUCGGUGUUAGUAAUGAUGAAAAAUUUCAAUCAAAGAUUGUCUAUUGCCACUUCACAGCAUCCUAUUCUUAAUACGAAUCCUUCCAAAAUCAAUCCCAAUGAUCCCUUAAGCUCAAAAUUCUGGUUUUUCAUGAAAAGUUUAUUAUUUGCAGAAGUGAUUAUAUUUCAAGGAAUCAUGACACGAUUCCUCAUUACCCAGAACAAUUUCUGGAUUGACCCUUUCAAUAGGGUGUCUUUGAAAUCGAAACUUGAACUCGAAUACAAACAAAUCUCUUUUAAAAUUAUGCAUAGCUUGUACUAUUUGAAUUUCAUUUUACUUUCAAUCGGUCAAGGGGGGUUUGAUAAUUAUAAUUUCAUCUACUAUUUGACAUUGGAAAUUGUCUUGAAAAAUAAUCGUGGAAAUGAUUUUGAAAACUUUACCAGGUUUUUGAUUGGUAAUUACAAUGAAGUGAAUUUACAUGCCCAAGUUUUGAAUACAAAUUACCUUACCCGUUGUAAAGUUUCGUUUGUGUUAGGAUUAUGGGAAAAUUAUUUACAACAAGAUCACUCCAAAAACUCUGGCUUUAUUAAUAACGAAAUUUUCCAAAUUUGUUUGGGUAUAGUUAAAAAUCCAACUAUUGAAGAUUUUGAAUUGAUUGAAAUCUCUCAUUCGGUACUUCUAAUAUGUUUUUCAAAAACUGAUGAUACAGAUUAUCAACUAAGAAAAACAUUUGACUAUAUCGAACUUUUGCUUCACCAAUUUCCUCAAAUUUUGUCGGCUAACCAAUUAAGCAUCGCUAUUGAAACCUUGGGUAAGAAAAUACUAGCAAACCCUAUAAAACCGCCUGCAAAUUUUGAAUUCCACAAUUCUGCGGAAUACUUUUUGGAUUUUUUGAACUUAAAGUGCUCCAGUACCAUCCCUGGUGUUCAUAUCAAAAAACCUGACGAUACUGCAACGUUCAGCUCGGCUCAACCAAUUGUAGAAAUUGAUGCCGCAUCGACCUUAAGUCACAUCGACGAAAAGAAACACCCUUCAACUGAUAUAGUUGAUCGUAAUAAAAUGAAAAAACCAAAGGACAGAUUAAAAGUUGAUCUUAUAAACACUGGCCAACCCAAAAAACAGUAUCAAUUCACUCAACGUACAAUUCCAAACACUUCUAGGGAAGCAAUAAUCAUUUCUUUUUUUAACAUAAUCCCAUACUUUCCGUUAUCCAUCUUUAUUCAUUGGUUGAACAAAAUAUGGGAUUUGGUUCUUAGUAGUAACCCCGAAGAGCAAGAGUUUUUGGGACAAAGAUUAUGGAAGGUAUUGAGUGAAAAUUUGGACUUGAACAGGUCUGAAUUAGCGUACAGAUGGUGGUAUGAAGAGAAGAAUGCUGUGCAGCAUAAUCCCUUAAAACUUUGAGUUCUCAAUCUCCCUUAAUAUCAUAUAUAGUUUCAAAUUAACGAUACUGAUG